AUGAAUGAUAAAAAUAUUUUUAAAGAACUAUUAGAAACUUUAGAUAAAGAAAUAAUUAAUGAUCUUCUAGAUGAAUAUGAUUAUAAAAGUUUAGAUGAGUCAAACAUUAUUUUAAAUUCUUAUAUUGAUAGUUAUUUAUUAAACAAUAACGACUAUCUUAUUGAAGACUUAACCGUUAAUACUUCAAAUCUUUUAAACUCUUUUAAUGAACUCACUUUGAUUAAAAGAAAGAAAAAGAGGAAAUAA